AGAUCCGUUACAAACACUAGAGAAUUUAAUCCUGAGGAGGCUCUAGUGUUUAAAGAAGAUUUCAUUUAUUCAUUUUGGUUCAUUUCUGUAAUUUUUUACCUCCAAUGAUUGAGCUUGUUUUCAAUGUUGAGCACUUAAGCAGACCAGAUACUGUAUACCAUGUGGGAUAAUUAGAAGCCAACUUCUAUCAUAGCUUAUUAAGAUUAAAUUGAGAAUGAAGCUCACUAGAAGCCUACUGAAGAAAAUUGCGGUCGGCGUGUCUGGUGGUGUUGACAGUGCAGUGGCAGCUUGGGCACUGAAAAUUCAAGGUCACGACAUCCAUGGCGUGUUCAUGCGCAACUGGGAUUCUCUCAAUGAAUCAGACUCAGGCAAUUGCACUGAAGAUACAGAGUGCGCUGUGGCUGCAUGGGUGUGCCGCUCACUCGACAUUCCAUUCACUGAGAUGAAUUUUGUCUCGCAUUAUUGGAAUGAUGUAUUUCAGUACACCUUGUCAGAAUACACUGCUGGUCUGACCCCCAACCCUGACAUUUUGUGCAACCGCCACAUUAAGUUUGGGCAACUGGCAGAGACCUGCAGGGAGAGGCUUGGCUGUGAUUGGCUGGCUACUGGUCACUAUGCCAGAGUUGUGAGCGACAAAUCCCAAGGUACCCGUCUAUUGAAAGCCAGAGAUGAGUCCAAAGACCAAACGUUCUUCCUGAGUGCUGUUCCUCAGUCGGCUCUUGCUAGAGCCAUUUUCCCAUUAGGAGGCUUGCUUAAAAGUGAAGUUAGAGAAAUAGCAGAAGCAGUGGGACUGACAAAAGUGGCUCAUAAGAAGGACAGCACCGGCAUUUGCUUCAUUGGCAAAAGAAACUUCCAAAAAUUUAUUUCGCAGUACGUGGAGGACAGACCCGGCCGUAUGGUGGACAUAGACACCGGCGUGGUGGUGGGUGACCAUCAAGGCCGGCAUCACUGGACGCUUGGCCAGCGAUGCCACCUCGAGGCCAUCACCAAAUAUUACGUGGCCAACAAACUCCAGGACUCCAAUGAUAUUCUUGUGUGUGCAGGCUAUCACCACCCGAGCCUCUACAGUACGUCCUUCGUCACCGAUCCUCCCCAUUGGAUCAGAGGUAUCCCACCACCUCAGUUAACGAGUCAAGGCAAGGUCCUGUGUGAGUUUCGGUUUCAACGUGGGGCGCCUCUAGUCCCUUGUGUGGUGUCCUGCGCUGAGCCGGGCAGCUGCGGGGUAGGGCUGUCGAUAGCUCUGAAGGAGCCCCUACGAGUCAUCACUCCAGGGCAGUUUGCAGUUUUUUACGACGGAGAAGAGUGUCUGGGCUGUGCCAAGAUUAUCAGACCAGGUCCUUCUCUCUACGAACUCAACACCUCACACUGCAAAGACGUCAUACUCGGUCUACGACGGCACCUGCCUUCCUUGGUGUGCAGGUCACUGGGGAAAAUAAGGAGACGAGCUAAGGACACAGACGGUGCCGCUGCCGUGGCUCUUAUUGAUGAUGCUAGGGAUGCAUUUUGUAACUUGGUAGAAAAAAUUCCUUAUGACUCUGAUGUAGAUAAAUCUUCAUUUAGAAAGUAGACGAACAUUUUUGGCUUAUUGAGAAUGUUAAUACACAAAAAUCAAUCGU